AGUUGUCAAAGUUUAAACAAAAUGGCGACCAGUUUAGACAGGCUCUCUGAUGAAACGUUUGAUUUGCUUUGUUCGGUGUGUAAACGUAAGCAUAUAAACAAAGAAGCCGACAAAUACUGCGUUGACUGUUCGGAUUAUUACUGUUCGAUAUGUGUCAAAUUUCAUGAGGAUAUUCCCGCCCUAUCUGGACAUAAGAUUCUAGACAAGGGACAGUUUCAACAUGGGACCAGCAAAGAAUUGCCAAUGGUACCAACCGAGCGAUGUGACAAACAUAAUCAUAAACCUGUGGACAUGUACUGUCAAAACCACGAUGAUGUCGGCUGCUCUACAUGUAUGGCUGUUGAACACAGAUUAUGUAAAGACAUCUUCUAUAUCCCUGAAUACAUCCAGAACACCAACAUACCUGCUCCUAAAGAUGUCUUGAAAGCACUAGAAGCAACAGAGGAUAAAGUUACGAGGCAUCUUCGCAAGUUCCAACGUGAAAAAGAACGGAUUUCGAACAACAGAACCGAGAUUUUUGAGAAAAUUGAAAAGAUUGCAGAAGAAAUAAAGCAGAGAGUUGAUAAACUUAAACAGGACACUAUGAAGAAGUCAGCAGAUAUGUUUGAACCCAUGGAAAAUAUGACUGAUCAAAAUAUUUCUGUGUUACAGUCCAUGAAAUCCAGUAUCUCGUCUGCUAAGGAAAAGGUUUCAUCAUCUGGUAUCAACAUAUCACAAGUGUUUGUCAGCACAAAGAAAGGUCAGAAUGAAGCUUCUAAAGUCAGGGAACGUGCUGAUGAAUGUAACGCAUCCUACCAAACUGUUGAUAUAGAAUUUGAGAAGGACCAGAUACUGUCGAAACUGCUGAAUGAAAUGACUACCCUCGGCAAGGUUACACAGCGUGAUGUUAGGAAAAUUCAACCUACACCUGAUAGUGAGAAAUUACAAAAAGACAGCAAAACUCUUUUUCAGAUAAAAAAUAAAAAUAAAUAUAACGUCAAGGUCUCAUCAGACAGAGGACCAUGCUACAUUUUCAGUGCCUGUGCUCUUGAAGAUGGAACAGUAGUACUUGCUGAUCAUAUUAACCAAAAACUAAAACAUGUAGAAAGUAGCAACUAUAUUGUAACUGAUUCCUGUGAUCUAUCUGAUUUCCCACGGCAAGUAUGUGUUAUAAAUAACCAGGAGGUUGCUGUCAGUUGUGACACAGCUGGAGUUAAGUGUGUUUCUCUUCAACCCAAAAUGACAGUUACCAGACAGAUAAAACCUGGUCAUAGAUGUUUUGGAUUAGCGCAUGUUGACGGACAUCUGUAUAUUUCAGACAUUGAAUCAGUUUAUGAAUAUACCACAACAGGAACAAAGCUUCACCAGUUCACCAAGAACCAGUCGGGACAACCGCUUUUUGACAAUAUAUACAGUAUAGCUGUAAGUGGUGACGGUGGUAAGAUUUAUAUUGCUGAUAGGAAUUAUGGUCUUAUUUCUAUGGACAGAACGGGCAAGGUACUCGGGACAUUCAAUGGCCCAGAAGUAAGCAGUCCCGAAGAUGCUUUAGUAACAGACAAUGGAAGUGUACUUGUUUGUGGAUAUAGCUCUAAAAAUAUCGUACAAUUUGAGCCUGACUGCGAGAUGGUCGGAGAUGUACUGAAAUCAAAUAGUAACGAGAAAAGUUAUACAUCUAUCUGUUUCAACUCUUUCAGUUCAAAACUGAUCGUAGGUCGUUAUAGGACAGAUGAGAUUGAAGUGUAUGAGCUCAUUUAAAUGAAACUUUGUAGACAGUUCAUACUGUUCAUAGAACUACAAAAAUAUUCUUGUUAAUAAUAUACUAGUACUUACUUAAGCUUUUAAGGGCCAUUUUGUCCCGUUUCGUAAAUAUCCUUACAUUCGAUACAUAUAUUGCACUCAGUCAGAAAUAAAAACGGUGUUAUUUUCCUUUUAGAAGUGCAUUUGUUGUUAAUUUUGCAAAAAGUUCUGAUUCAUAAAAAUACUUAGGUUUGUGAAACAUAAAAACAUAAGGCAUGUGUUACGAUGUUUGGAAUGUAAGAAUCCGAGCACAAUAAACUAAUGUCUUCUGCUGAUAUAAAGCGCAAGUCAAACCUA